UUUGUCCCAAGAUGAAACAAUCAAUAUGAAGCCGACCAAGGAGGUAUCGCUGGCGCCGAUCCAUGUGGUGCUGUGGGCGAUCUUCCCGCUGCUGUUCCUGACGAUCCUCGAGUCUCUCUCAUAUGGACUCCUCGUGCCCGUGCUGCCCAUCGCCACCACCGAGUACUUUGCGAGGGAACACAACAACGGGGUUCCCAUCGACUGCGUCAAGUUCAGCAACGUGACCGCGUGCGUGCAAGGGUCCAAGGAAGCAAACAUAUGGUCCAGCGCCACAUCGUCCCUUGGGUCUCUAAUUAGCUUCAUCAUCACGCCGCUCGUGGGCCAAGGCUCCGACAUCUACGGUCGCAAGCCAUUCCUAGUGGCAGCACAAGUGCUGCACGUGGUCUACCCCUUCACGAUCAUGCUGUUUUGCAUCUACAAUCACGACAUUCACAUCUACUUUAUCGUCAAGUUCGUGUACAACUCGUUCCUGACUGGAUCCGUCGUCGCCGCGUCUGUCGCCGACACCAUCUCCCCCCACAACCGAACCACCGCGUACGGCGGUCUCUUCGCCAUCCAGUCCGUCUUCUUCUCCCUCGCCAUCGCCCUCACCGAAUACCUCAACACCUUCACCAUACUCGUCCUUUCCGCCGUCUUUUACAUCUUGCGGGUCCUCUGGUGCGUUUUGGCCUUCAACGAAACCCUGUCCAUGUCCUGCCGCGCGCCAUCCUACACCGGCAUCAACCCCUUCCGCGCCAUGACGAUCCUACUCAAAACGAGUCUCUUCCGCCGCCUCAGCGUCGUCAUCGCACUCUCGACGUUUGCCGGCGCCGGCCUCAUGUCGUUUCGACUAUUCUUUUUCAAUACCGACCUGGGCUUUAACAAGGACGAGAACGCGUCGUUCCUGCUAGCUGUGGGUAUAUCUUCCAUGCUAUCUCAGGGUAUAUUGCUGCCUCUGCUCAUCCGGUUGGUGCGGGAGAAGGGUGUGGUGGCCAUCUCCAUGCUAUCGUAUGCCGUCAUGAGCGGGCUCUACCUCGUCGUGCUGGCCACGCACUCCAAGUUGGUCGUACUGGUCGUCGCCGUCUGCUCGGGCUUGGGGGACAUUGGCUUUGCCGCCAUCUCGUCGCUCAAGUCGACCCACGUGUCAGAGCAGGAACAAGGCCGGGUACAGGGCGCCCUGUACGCCGUGCGCGCCCUCGCGUCUGCGAUUGGUCCGCUGGCGUAUUCCGCCUUGUACAGUGCAGGACAAGGGAAAGGCGCGCCGUUUGAGUUGUCUUUGGCGCUGUAUGCGGUGGCCACGGCCGUGUCGUGCUUCUUGUCCAGUAGUGACCAUAGUGACCACUUAGUGCCCGUUGCAGUGACAUUGGACUUGUCGGUCGACUCGCCCCGGCAAGGCCCGUUGGCGCCUCUGCUCGGGGACGACGAUGACGCUUACGAUGACGACAUUUGAUAUGUAUUAGGACUACUAGCUCCAUAGAUGUAGUACUACUAGCUGAAUCGACAAACAUCAUGAGCACCGUGAUACUUGGUUACUGUACAGUAUUGUCCUUUUACCCAACAGUUGGACUUUUGUGCUC